GUCGGACGCUUCUUUCAGCUUCAAUCCUCGGUUUCCCUCCACUCUUCUUCAGUAACACCGCGCUCGAAAAGCUCCUUCCCCUGUUUCGCCAUCUGUCUCUUUGUUCAAGUUCUUCUACCUUUCAAUAUGUCAAAUUACAGUGUUAUGUCCCACGUUUCAAAGGGAAACUCGCCGUCUGGGCACUUCCUUCCACGAUCCCCCAAUCUUUCCAGCUGCACCUCCUUUGUCCUCAGGUUCUCUUUCUUUCACCACCACAAGAAAGAGGGCCAGCCAGUGGCAUCGGCAGACCACAUAUGAAAAUAGUACCUUUAUUCUCUCAAGAACAAAGGCACGGAUUUGAACGACCUCGCGGUAGCUCAUUCCGCGGUUGGCCAAGAACCCUAACACCAACACCAACAUCCGCUACAAGAUGAAGUUUGAACCACCUUCAUACUUUAGUAGUGACGACGACGACUCAAUCAUGAGUUUGGAGGAUAAGUUUCACUUAGAGCCCAAGGCCAAGUCUGGAGGAAUCCUCCCAGAUGAUGAUUAUCAACCAAACGAUGAUGAUUCUGUAUAUGUGAGCAAGCCUAAGCCAAAGGCUUCUCCGCUGAAGAGGAAGCUCGAGCCAGUGAUUACGAAACCUCAACCAGCGAGCUCUGCAACUUAUGCCGCCUCUGGGCUCAAGAAGCUCAAACUAGCCGACAAACCUACUUCGCCCAAAACGCAACCAGGUGCUCCGAUUGCAGCGCCUGCUGUCACAAGGCCUGUCCAGAAGGAAACUCCGACGGUCACAGUCACAAAAGCCACAGCCGCAACUUACAACGACCGUUUCGCAUCGUCUAGCGAUGAGAGUUCCCCGUCGCCGACUUCUCGGAGAAUGCGCAAAAAAGAUGUGCGAGAUGACGACCGGAAUUACGUUGCCUCAAACAGCGACGACGAAGAUGGGGAGAAUGCAGCCGACGAGGCAUACCAUAUUCCCGGAGCCGAAAGAGCAACGGUGAUGUUUGACUUCGAUCGUGAGCGAGAGAGGCGAAUGGCAGGUGCAGUCAAGCUUCCCAAGAACCUGUACACCCAGAAGGAGAAAACUCUCUUCUUGCAACUCGCCAUGCGUGGAUUCGAGCCUCUUGCCCCGAAGCACUGGCAGUUUGACUUUCCCACCCUACCCGAUUCUUUAUUCCCAGAGCCAGGGAAGGAGAGGGCAGAGCCGAUCAUCAAGAUAUCCAGAAGUACUACUUUUCAUGCGAUUAAAUCACUGGCGAAUUUAUUCUCCCUCAGUGGGCGUGUGAGAGACUGCAGUAUCGUUGAAAAACGACCCGAACGCUUGAUCAAAGACACCAUCAAGAGAUAUAUCCGUUGGGCGUUGUACGAUGCGAACCUUGAAAUUGGCCCUGGGUCGCUACCAGUACAUGUCGUACAUGCCCAGGGAAAGAAUGAGUCUAUUCUGCAUGCCUUAGAGCGAGUCAACAAGAGCCUACAGCGACUAGCCUUACGACACCAGAAGGCACUGAACGAGGCGUUCACCAUCAUCGAAAAGCCUAAGAAAGACGAGCCUGCUAACCCCAAGACGAUCUCAAAGAAGGAAUUGCCUUUACUCGUUGGGUUCAUCAUUUGCGGUCCUGUUGUCGCUAUAAUGACAUUUGACCUGGAUCUCUUGAAACGUGCUCAGCCUGCUGAUGGCAAAUUCAUCUCGCAGUUUGACCUUGCCGAGCGAGGUCAAGAUGUCUGGAACUCCCUGUCAAUGACGAUCGCCGUUAUGCACAUUCGAAACACAAUGGUUCGACUCUCGGAAAAGGGUUACGGGGGUUACGUGAACACUGCGAAGCGCGGUGCAGUAGACAAGGAUCUUUAGGCCGCCGGCGGCUUUUCAGGUACAUGUAUAUUUUGCUAUUGUUAAUAAACUUUGUUUCUUUGGUUCUCCUUGGUUUGUUCCGUAGAAA